UAUAAAUCCUUGCUGUUUUACAGGAUGUUUGUUCUGCUAUACGAGGAGCAAUCAAGUGUAAAAAUCCUAUUGGUUGCGCAAGCCGCUUUCUAUUUCCUUUCAAAGUAGUGGCGCAUCUCGCGGAUCGUCAGUUCAAUACGCGUUUUGCUGGCGUUUUGCGCCGACCCGCAACGGAGAAGCGGUGUUUUCCGGGGAUCGGAAACCGCGAUAAAGGUGAACAAGCACACGCGUUUGUGGGACAUACGCUUACGGUGAAUACAGACGCAUAUGUUAGCAGUAGAAUAGUAGCUGCAAUUUGAUUCUUUCUCUUGGUGGUGGUGAAUUGAAAGAAGUAGAGGAAGACCGCGGACCGUGACGGUCUCUGGUCAGUCGAGCCGGAGAAAUUGUCAGUGUUGGGCCGGUGCCGAUUGCGUGCAAACUGGGUCAUCAACGGGAGAAUUAGUUUGUUAAGAAAUGUCGUUGAAGAAAGAGUCGCUGUCCGAUGUCCAGUUACAUUUCGCGGCUCUCAAUGGAAAUCUCGGCGUCUUGAGAAGAAUUCUUGAUAGUGGCAAGGUUCACAUUGAUUGUAAAGAUAAGGUAAAAUAAAUGUGAUUGAUUAACACUCAUCGUCUUAACGCUACUUACGAACGAAGGGAUUUAGCAACCGGGAAUUAUUCCAG